UCGGCCAGGCCUGUGAGUUCCGAACCAUCACCCUGAGCUGGAAGCAAGGCGUGGGGCGAUGGGCUGCUCGGGCCGGCUGCUGCUGUGGCUGGGAGCCGCGGGAACUAUCCUUUGCUCCAACUCGGAGCUCCGGGCACGUUUUUUAACACCCUCACCUCCGCCGGUGCCGGUCCCCAAUUCCCAGGGACAGAAAGUCAGCCCCGCGCGCAGUGGCCUGGAGCCAGCUUCCCUCCCUGAUCCUCUAGGCGCUCGAGGGCCUUGGCUGUUCACCACGUGUGGCGCCAGCGGCCGGCGGGGACCCACACAAACGCAGUGCGACGGCGCGUACGCAGGCAGCAGCGUGCUGGUGACCGUGGGGGCCGCCGGGCCGCUGGGCGGCGCGCAGCUGUGGCGGGUGCCGGCCACCGGCCAGUACCUGAUCUCUGCCUCCGGGGCGGCGGGCGGCAAAGGCGCCAGGAACCACCUGUCCCGGGCGCACGGCAUCUUCCUGUCGGCAGUCUUCCUCCUCCGUCGCGGGGAGCCGCUGUACAUCCUUGUGGGCCAGCAGGGCGAGGAUGCCUGUCCCGGAGGGAGCCCCGAGAGCCAGCUCGUCUGUCUCGGAGAGUCUUGGGCCACCGGAGAGCACGCGACGACCACGAACGGGAGCGACGGGGUCCCAGGCCGGAGACGCUGGGCCGGCGGGGGCGGGGGUGGCGGGGGCGCCACCUACAUCUUUCGGCUGCGCGCGGGGGAGCCGGAGCCGCUGCUGGUGGCGGCGGGAGGCGGCGGGAGGGCCUACUGGAGGCGACCCGACGGAGGCCGGACUCGGGCGGCCCCCGAGAAGCUGGAGAACCGCGGGGCGGCGCCCGGGAGCGGCGGGAGAGGAGGCGCCGCAGGUGGCGGGGGCGGCUGGACCUCGCGGGCCGCGUCCCCGCAAGCCGGACGCUCGCUGCGGGAAGGCGCCGAGGGCGGCGAGGGCUGCGCGGAGGCCUGGGCAGCGCUCCGCUGGGCCGCGGCGGGAGGCUUCGGGGGCGGCGGCGGGGCCUGCACGGCGGGCGGCGGCGGCGGAGGCUACCGGGGUGGCGACACUUCUGAGUCUGACAUCCUCUGGGCCAAUGGGGAAGAUGGCAUAUCCUUUGUACACCCGAGUAGCGAGCUCUACCUACAGCCUCUGGCAGUCACAGAGGGCCAUGGGGAGGUGGGGAUCCGAAAGCACCCCAGCUGCAGUCACUGCCCUCUCAAAGACUGCCAGCGGCGGGCGGAGCUCCAGAUGGCUGAAUGCACAUGCCCAGAGGGCAUGGAGCUGGCCGAGGAUAAUGUCACUUGCCUGGACCCGCCAACCACCACCAGCCCGCUGAUUCUCACGGGAGCUGUAGUGGCAGCCCUGACACUGAGUCUCCUCCUGAUGUGCGGAGUCCUGAUUCUAGUGAACCAGAAGAAGUGGUGGAACCUGCAGGGGACCAGGCUGCCAGGCCCCGAGCUUGAGCUGAGCAAGCUUCACACCUCUGCUAUCAAGACAGCCCCCAAUCCCUACUACCGUCAGAUGGGGCUCAGCCCUGCCCCGUCCUGGCCUCUGCCCCCAGGGCUCACCGAGGUUUCCCCAGCCAACGUCACUCUGCUCAGAGCCCUUGGCCAUGGUGCCUUUGGGGAGGUGUAUGAGGGACUAGUAGUUGGUCUUCCUGGGGACUCCAGCCCUCUGCAGGUGGCUAUCAAGACUCUGCCAGAGCUCUGCUCCAAUCAGGAUGAGCUGGACUUUCUCAUGGAGGCUCUCAUCAUCAGCAAGUUCAGCCAUCAGAACAUUGUGCGCUGCGUGGGGCUCAGCUUCCGGGCUGCCCCUCGCCUUAUUCUGCUAGAGCUGAUGUCUGGAGGGGAUAUGAAGAGUUUUCUAAGGCUUAGCAGACCACAGCCGGGCCAGCCGUCACCUCUGACCACGUGGGACCUACUGAAGUUGGCCCAGGACAUAGCCCAGGGCUGUCACUACCUGGAGGAAAAUCACUUCAUCCACAGAGACAUUGCUGCCCGUAACUGUCUACUGAGCUGUACUGGACCCAACAGAGUGGCCAAGAUCGGAGACUUCGGAAUGGCAAGAGAUAUCUACCGUGCCAGUUAUUACCGCAAGGGGGGCCGGGCCUUGCUCCCAGUCAAGUGGAUGCCCCCGGAAGCUCUCCUGGAGGGCAUUUUCACAUCCAAGACAGACUCCUGGUCUUUUGGGGUCCUGCUCUGGGAGAUCUUCUCACUGGGUUUUAUGCCCUACCCUGGGCAUACCAACCAGGAGGUUCUAGACUUCAUCGUCACGGGGAACCGGAUGAACCCUCCUCAGAACUGUCCUGGGCCAGUUUACCGAAUCAUGACCCAGUGUUGGCAGCACCAACCUGAGCUCCGGCCUGACUUUGCCAGCAUCUUGGAGCGCCUUCGCUUCUGCACUCAGGACCCUGAUGUGCUGACCUCACCCCUGCCAGUGGAACCAGGGCCCACUCUAGAGGAAGAAGCAGCUUCCAGGCUGGAGAACAGGGCUCUGGAGGGUCUGAGAGCCCCACAGCCCCUGGAGCUGAGUUCAGAGAACUUGAAAAGCUGGGGAGGAAGCCCUGGCGCUUGGCUGCCCUCUGGUCUCAAGGCCCUCAAAUCCAGACGUCUCCGACCUCAGGACCUCUGGAACCCCACCUAUGGCUCCUGGACCCCAAGGAGCCCCAAGGGUGAAGACUUGGGCGUUGACCUCAGCAAUGGCUCCUCCUUGCAUUCUUUUCCAGGCAUCCAGUAGCCUCUACCCCCUGCAGUCUGUGCUGCGUGUUCAGGCAUGUUUCAGGGCUGUCCUGGCAGCCUGGCCCGUCCACACUGGAAACCAGUCUAAACCCUAUGGGGAAGCGCCUGGGCCACACCUACCUACUGCGGGGGUCAGUUGGAAAUCCUGGACUGUCCUCUCCCCAUAUGUAUCUUCCCUUUGACCUAUCCCAGUAUUACAAAUGAUGAUGAUGAUGA